AUGCUGCCCCCGUGGUCUGCUUUCGACUCCAAGAUCCUGGCGCCACGGCCCUCAAUCGAGAGGCGUCGCCUAAUGCGCCGCCACGCUGAGAAUUAUCUCAAGACCCUCGACGACUUGAAGACGCUCGUGAUCGGCAAAACUCAACCACACGAUGUCGAAGCGGCGCACGCGAGCGUCCAGCUGCAAGUGCCUACCACAUCCAGUGACGACAGCGACGGAGGAGAUGCAGAACGAGGACAUCUCCGACCGACUGGUUCCCCAGGCGACGACCAGAACAACAAGAAUGGCAAUGAUGGGGAAGCCAUCCCCAAGAACGAUGACAUGAGCAACGAAUCAGGGAAGACCGAGGCAAACGCUGUACUCACCCAACACGCCAAGGACGGAGUCCGGUCUGCGCAGGACAUCGGCCGACACUUCGCUGGGGAACCAAACCCCCACCACACCGUAUCCAGGGAUCAGCUGGUCAAACUACUCCUUCAUCGACACAGGAUCAAGAAGCUGUGGUCCAAGAUGGACGAGACAAUCCAGGAAGAAAAGCAGCGCAAUGACGCGGGGGAAAGUAUGCCCAGCUCGUCGAACAGGAGAAGUACGCUCGCCUCCGACGCAUGA